ACUUACACACACACACUCAUAGAUGCAGCAUGCGCGCACAAAUUUCAGACAUACAGAGCCUCAUCCCUUUCUGUGCUAAACCCCAAAACAUAUGCCAGUCACACAGCGCCUGGCCCAGUCACUUCUUCGAUUAAUCUUCUAUGAGACCUCUAAGGGUGAAGUUGGAAAGCUAUCCCAGACUUGAUAAUUUCUCUGACACAUUGAAUGACUGCUGUGAAAGAUAAUACAAGUGUGACAGCAAACCCACAUUCAUUCCCUUCCACUGUGUCUCUGUCUUAUUGCCAUGGCGAGCACUGGUCUCCAGGUGAUGGGCCUGCUGCUGUCGAUAGCAGGUUUGGUGGGCGGAGCUCUGGUGUGCGUCUCCCCCUGGUGGCGAGUUUCAGCCUUCGUCGGGGACGAGCUGGUUGUCUCUGAGGUGCGGUGGGAGGGGCUUUGGAUGACCUGCCUGUCACACUGGGGAAAGAUUCAGUGUAAAGCCUUUGACUCUGGCCUCGCUCUCUCAGCCUCCGACCAGCUGUGCCGUACCCUGUCUGUGUUGGCCCUCAUUCUGUGUGUGCUAGCCCUUCCUGUGGGCGUGGUCGGACUCAAGUGCACCCACUGCCUAGGUGAUAUGCAGAGUCCUAAGGCUCGGCUUGUGCAGGUAGCAGGCAUCCUCUUUGUCAUAGCUGGAGUGCUCUUCCUCAUCCCGGUAUGUUGGAACGCGUACGUGGUGGUUCGAGAUUUUUAUGACCCAAACGUCGCACCGCCGCUCAAACGAGAGUUGGGCCCCGCCCUCUACCUCGGAUGGGUCAUGGUGCUGUUGAUGCUGGUGGGAGGGGCUGUGCUAUAUGGAAGCUCAACCUCCCCUGGGGUUCCAACCAUAUUUAGCUCUAGAAGAGGGGUGAGGAAUAACCCUGAGGCCUCGACCAAAGAGGAUAAAGCAGAAAAGGCUUAUGUGUGAGGAAAUCAGCAAGUGACAUAGUAGGACAGAGUUAAAAUUAGAGAGGGAAAAACGAAAAAAGUGUGUCACAGAAAAAAAGAAGUGCAUUAAAUAUUUAGUUAUGUUUGCUUCUGAGUUAAUUAUCAUUUUGACCAGAUUUAUACAUUUUUUAAUAAUUGAAAUUUUGGAAUUAAAAAUAGUUAGGUGAUGAUACACCAAUGUGUUUUUAUUUCACUGAGUUGUGGUUUGUAAUGGCACAUUUAAUAAUAAAUUAUGAAAAAUAAUAUUAUUUUGUUACACAGGACAAUCACACAAUCUUUCUUAUUUAUGUAGUGUUAUUAUGGUUUGGUGUACUAAACAUGCCUGUUAAUAAAGCUGUACCAUGUUUACAUUUA